AUGGUUGACGGCGUAUCGGUUGCAGUCGGAUGCGCAGUGGGCAUUCCGUGUGGUCUAGCGGUGGUGGUGGCCGUCAUAUUCUGGCUACAGAUGCAGAGACGGUUCCGGAAGGAAAGAGAGGAGGACGGGGAAUCGAUAAACGGCGAUGGAGCCAUCAGCUUUAGAAACAUGGAAGCGCUUCGGGAAGAGCAAAUCGAUCAUUUAGAAAAAACAGAGGCCGUUCAGCAACAAGCAGCAGAGGGCUCGUCCUCGUCAGACCACACACAGGCUCACGAAAGUGGCUUCACGUUAGCCCCCGCAGCUGAGAAAAGUGGGAGAUGGGGCUUAAAGUCAGACUCUAGCAACUCGAAGGCAGCAAAGCCGACCAGGAGAAAUACGUAUAUGCCGGCAUAUCGUAAGAAGCUUAACUCGUCGAUCAGCUCGCUGAACAAGGGCUCCCUCACGCAUCAAGACGACUUCAGAGUUCCAAAUGAUGGUUCCAGUACGUCACUGGAUACGAAACCAAAUGCUGGGCUGACUAGCGAACCGACAGUUCUAGACCAAAUGAUACCGGUUCUGGCACACCCGGACGCGUCCCAAUCCGUCCAAGUUACGCCUUCAGAGUUCAGUCUAACGCAUGAAAGAACAAAUAGUAACGAUAACCUCAUCAAAAAUCUACAAAACCACGAUUUUGGAUCCUAUCCGAGAAGAAGAUCCUCUGUGAAUCUAAACAACAUGCCUUCAACCAACGUCUCGAGUGCAUCGGUUGUCACUAGGUCAUCUUCGACACGAUCUCCCUUCAAGAGCGCGGAAAAUGUGUUCGAGACACCGGUUAGCAAUAAGAUUACCGAUGCUGUGCCAGAUCAAACAGCAGAUUUCACCGGGCAUCCAUCCUUAGAUGGCGAAGAUAUCACAGGCGAGACCAGGCCAGACUACUACAUGUUGAGGAACAAUUACGAUGUGAAAAACUCGGAGGAAAUUGCUGAGGAGGAUCAAUAUGAAAACGAGUUCACCAAUUACUCUGAGAGCAAACGAGAGUUCAUAAACAGUCUGAGACCUCGAAAACACUAA